UCCAGGCUCCCCGGCCACACCCCUCGUAGGAUUUAAAGGGGAAGGUGGGGCCCGACCGGCCGAAGCCCGAGCCGAGGGAGCGGGCAUGAGGCGCUGCCCGUGCCGGGGGAGUCUGAGCGAGGCGGAGGCCGGCGCGCUGCCCGCCGGGGCCCGCAUGGGGCUGGAGGCGCUGCGAGGUGGGCGGCGGCGGCAGCCGGGACUGCAGCGACCUGGGCCGGGAGCGGGUGGCCCGACGGGACGGCCAGAGGGGGGCGGGCCUCAGGCCUGGACCGAGGGGUCCAGCCUGCACUCGGAGGCGGAGAGGACCGAUCUCGGGCCUGUGCGGUGUCCAGACGGUCCGCAAGCAGGAUCCCGUGGGGACGGACACGCGGUGUGCGAGGCAGCUGGCUCAGGGGCAGAGUCGGAGGAGCGCAGCCAACGUAAGGAGCUAGACGGCUGCAACCUCCAGACACAUCCAGAAAGGAACGGCCCCCGGGCAGACAUGGACAUGGCCGGUUCCUGGACAGAUGGCUUUCCAGCCGACCCUCAUAGAUCCAACCUCCAGCCUCAGCCAAAGAGAGCCAGCCUCCGUACCCAGCCAGGGUUUGAUGAGUCCUGGGCCGGACUGGAAAGACUCGAGCAGUGGCAGACUCUGCCAGAGAGGGACAAGCCCUGGGUGGAUCACCUCCGGACCCACCACAGCACGUCCAAACUCCAAACUCACCCAGACGGAGUCUGCCCCUCACCCGAACCAAGGGCUGACGGCCCCUGCACAGAAUCAUCCACGGACGGUUCCAGGACACCACAUGACACCGACGGCUCCUGGACAGAGUCCCAAACCCAUGGCUCCCUCACGCGACAGAGUACUCAGGGAGCCUGGAAACAGCCUGGAAGGGGUGAUUUUCAAGACCCUGAAGGUGCCUGGAUUCAACCUGGCACUGAUGGUCCCUGGGCUGACAGCGCUUUGGGGGAAUCCAAUGGAGAUGAUCCGUUAGAGGAGCCGGAGCCAGGGGAGUUGGUGACUAACCUGUGCUCACAGCUGGAGUGCAGCUCCCUGUGUCCCGUGCCCCGCCUUAUCAUCACCCCUGAGACUCCUGAGCCUGAUGCGCAGCCGGUGGGACCCCCGUCCCGGAUUGAGGGGGGCACAGGCGGUUUCUCCUCUGCCUCCUCUUUUGAUGAAUCUGAGGAUGACUUGGUUGCUGGGGGCGGAGGUACCAGCGAUCCGGAGGACAGAUCUGGAAGCAAGCCCUGGAGGAAGCUGAAGACAGUCCUCAAGUACUCGCCCUUCGUGGUCUCCUUCCAUAAGCACCACUACCCCUGGGUCCAGCUCUCUGGACACGCUGGGAACUUCCAGGCCGGCGAGGAUGGUCGGAUCCUGAAACGCUUCUGCCAGUGUGAGCAGCUCAGCCUGGAGCAGCUGAUGGAAGACCCCCUGCGGCCUUUUGUGCCAGCUUAUUACGGCAUGGUGCAUCGGGACGGCCAGGCCUUCAACCAGAUGGAAGACCUCCUGGCAGACUUUGAGGGCCCCUCUAUCAUGGACUGCAAGAUGGGCAGCAGGACCUACCUGGAAGAGGAGUUGGUGAAGGCACGAGAACGGCCCAGGCCCCGGAAAGACAUGUAUGAGAAGAUGGUGGCAGUGGACCCCGGGGCCCCUACUGCAGAGGAGCAUGCUCAGGGCGCAGUCACCAAGCCUCGCUACAUGCAGUGGAGGGAGACUCUGAGCUCCACUUCCACCCUAGGCUUCCGGGUAGAAGGCGUCAAGAAGGCCGAUGGGACCUGCAACACCAAUUUCAAGAAGACUCAAGCGCUGGAGCAGGUGACAAAGGUGUUGGAAGACUUCGUAGAUGGGGACCUUGGAAUCCUGAGAAAGUACGUGGCGCGACUGGAGGACCUCCGCGAGGCUUUGGAGAACUCUCCCUUCUUCAAGACCCAUGAGGUAGUGGGCAGUUCCCUUCUCUUUGUGCAUGACCACACCGGCCUGGCCAAGGUCUGGAUGAUUGACUUCGGCAAGACAGUGGCCCUGCCUGACCACCAAAUGCUCAGUCACAGGCUGCCUUGGGCUGAGGGCAACCGCGAAGAUGGCUACCUCUGGGGUCUGGACAAUUUGAUCCGCCUCCUUCAGGGGCUGGCCCAGAGCUGAUCUCAGCUGCUGCUGCUAGGCUCACUUGCAAGCUAGCACGUGUCUGGCUAGAGGAGCCCUAAGAUGCUGUCGGGCCUGCCACCUGCCUAUGGAAGAUGAGGGGCUUCAAGGUGUCACCGGACCAGUGUGGUCUGAGGAGCUUUGGGGGACCUUUGGGGCAGCACUGGGCUCCCUUA